AUGAUUAUCAGAACUCCAAUAAGAACAAAAACUAAGUCGUUUAGAGGCGACCAAAUGGAUUUCAAAUUUCCAUCUAACGAAAGCUUACCAAGGGGAACGUUAGAAGAGUAUCAUUUGAACAAUCAUCAUCUUUUGAAUGAUGUUUUUGCCGCAGAAAAUGGUGUUUCUCGCGAUGAAGAUGUAAACUCUCAGAUAUUAUCGGACUAUACGUCUACGUCCAAUACAAAUACAAAUUCUGGUUAUUCAUCGAAUGGAUAUUAUUCCUUUGCUAAUAUUUCCGACAACACUACGUCUUCACCACGUAUUGUUGUCAACCAAAAUGAAGCCGCUAAUAGAUUAACAUCCUCAGACUCAAACAAAAGUGACUAUUUCGCUUCACAUGAUUCCCAAGGAAAUGACCCUAUACAUUAUAGCAGCUCAAGUGUAGUAAAAAACCAAUUACAUUCAAUGGAAGUUAUUCCAGAGGGAAACGUAACUGGCUCAAUAUCAACGGCCUUCCAGACUAUUCCAACAGCAGAUAAUGUUUCCUACGAUAUCGCACCAUCAUCAGCAUCCUCGUUACCUUCAAAGAAAUCGACAUCUAAAAGCGAUAUUUUAUUGUCGACGCAAGAAGCCAAAGCCGUAACCAAAUCAAAUUCAAAAAAAUAUAUAAAAGCUAUCGAACCAAAAGGUAACCUGGUACCGAAACCUAAAAAAAAGCUAAACAGAGUUCCUACCAUAAAACGAAUUGAGUCUUCAAGGUCUUCCAAUCUUAGAUAUAGUUCAAGUAUCAGCAGUAAAUCAAGUAGUGCCAGUUGUUCUCUAAAACGAUCAAAGGCAGUUAGAUGCAAAGGCGGGCUCUUGUAUUAUUUCAUUUCAUUGGGAAUUAAGAUAAAAAAAAAGCUACGCAAGCUACGGCUAGUCAUAAGGAAAAAACUGUUCUCAUACAAUGACCAAAAAGUGGCUUCCACUACGAAUUCCAAAAAAACUAGAUCCAAAGGAAAAAUUAACAGCAAGUUAAAAAAAAGAGGGCCAAAUUUAACCGACAGUAAUACCAGCUCUACUCCGCGUCAGAAAAGAGCGCAGAGAUACGUAUCCAAUUUACAAAGAUCAAUAUCAUCAAAGUCUUUGGUACCUGUAUUGGCUCCACAGAAAAAGACUAAACCAUUGACAGUUGAUACGAAAUUUGAAGCAAAGCCGCCUCCAUCUGAGGAUUCCAAAGUUGGAUCAAACACGCCAAGAAGUCCUUUGGUAAGUUACACACCAUCAUUAAGGAGGACAAAUUCUUCUAUUAGAAGGGCUGCAUCUAUCCUAACUGCAUCUGCUACUAUGACACCAGUGAAUAACAGAAAUUCUUUCAUUUCUGUACCAGAUACUGUUAAUCAUGCCGUUACUCGCAACAGCAGCACCUACUCGAGAUCAAGAUUGGUAAGGUCAAAACCAUCGACGGCCCUAAAUGCUAUUGCCAGACAGCCGUCAAUCGUGGUAGAAAAUAAAGUUAUUCCGUUAUCCAUGAAUCGAUAUUCCAUUAAAGAGGAAGAUGAAUAUGUCAUUGACACAAGUUCCAUGAGAGAAUUAUCUCCCGUUAAUAGCGUUUCCUCAUCCGAUUAUGACAGAGACUCAUCUGAUAGCUAUUCUAAUUAUGCGGAUGCAAUGGAAACAACGGAAGCAAAUAGUAAAAACAGGGCUGAAAGCGGCAAUGAAAUCCAAAGUUUGAACGCAAAAAAUGAGGAUUUUUCAAAUGAAGAGGGGUACAAUUUGAUGAAGCAUUAUUUAAGUACAGUCAUUGCUCAAAGGAUAAUGCUCAGGGUGCAAAUUGCUCGUAUGCAGAAUCCUAAGAGCAAUGUUGUUUAUAUGAAUAGAUCAGCAGAAACAAACUCAACUAUCUAUGAAGAUCUCGUCGAUUCUCUAUUGACUGAGUAUGAGGCAGACGGUAGUUUCUCUCAAAUAUUUGAUGGCGCCAAAAUCAGAGUUGAGGAGGAUGAAGAAGAUGAUGAGGAUGAAGAAGAAGAUGAGGAAGAAGAUGAUGAUGAAGAAGAAGAGGACAAGGAAGAAGAAAAAAGAAAGGAAGAGGAAGGAAGAAACUUGGAAGACGAGGUAAGUGAGUUAGCGGAAUUAAGCUCAAUGAGUAAACAAAGGGAUUUAAGUAUUACUUUUAAAUCUCCGUUUGCUAUGCUAAAUUCGGCCUACUCGAGCAGCAUUAUAUCACUACCCACAGGUGCGGUCAAGAGGUCGCUGACUCUUCCCGUUGGUAUGAAAAUAUAA